AAUGGAUCUUAAUUUGAUGAUAAACUUGAUUUUUGUUAAGUGACUCCCAAGGUCAGAAAAAUAUCUCGAGAGACUGAGUGAUGAUGAUGAAGAAAGAGGAUAAAGAGGGUAAGAAAAGAGAAACCGACCAACUCAUCUCUAAUUGUUUCUGCUGAUUCUGCUGAAACAUCAUUACUUGUUGCAUCUUUACUUGUUGGUUUUCCGUUUUUCACAAUUUGAAUUCACAAUAUUUCUAAAAAUAUGGCAUCUAUGAAGCGUAUUUUGGUUUAUGGUGGCAAAGGUGCUCUUGGUUCAACAUGUGUCAGUUACUUCAAAAAAAAUAACUGGUGGGUUGCUGCUGUUGAUUUUGCUGAAAACCCAGAAGCUGAUGCUAAUGUUAUCAUCAAAUCAGCUCAAUUGACUGAUCAAGAGACUGAAGUUAUUAAUGGAAUUGAAACUAGUCUUGGUGGUUCUAAGCUUGAUGCUUUGGUGUGUGUUGCUGGUGGAUGGGCUGGCGGUAAUGCUUCAUCAAAAGAUUUCAUUGGAAAUACUGAAUUGAUGAUCAAACAGAGUAUUUGGACUUCUUGUAUAGCUGCACGUUUGUCGUCAUUAUAUAUGAAAGAGGGUGGACUUUUAGUCUUGACUGGUGCCAAAGCUGCUCUUGAUCCUACUCCUGGUAUGAUCGGAUAUGGAUUAGCUAAGGCUGCUGUCCAUCAACUGACCCAAUCCCUUUCUGCUCCGCAAAGUGGACUCCCGAAUGAUUCCACGGUACUAGCCAUUUUACCAAUUACUUUGGACACUCCAAUGAACCGCAAAUUUAUGCCAAAAGCUGAUCAUUCCUCUUGGACUCCAUUAGAGUUCGUUUCUUCCACAUUCUACUCCUGGGCAACCAGUGAAAGACCAAAAUCAGGGUCAUUAAUUUCUCUUAAUACUAAGGAUGGAAAAACUGAACUUACUGUUGAAAACAAGUAAUUUACCUAGAAUAAAUAAUAAACUUAGUAACACCUAGACUAAUUCAUUGUAGCUUGAGAAUAGCAAAUCUUUUCAUUCAUUUCCAAAUGAAGAGUAAAGAAUGUAACCAUUUAAAACGCUAGACUAUAAACUUUAAGCGAUCCUCAUAAUUUCGAAGCGAUAAUUUUCCAGAUUCGAUCAUUCUUCAUUGUUUUGAUUCUAGAUAAAAUGGUAAAAAAUUUCUAUUAUUUCAGUUUGGUUGUGAAUUUCGAUUACUUUCAAAAUCAGUGAACUAAAAUGUUGAAACUGUUAUUAAAAAUAAUUUGAGCAAUAAA